AAGAGGGAGGUAACUACACUGUUUUUUAUUCUUUCCUGUUUCAUCUUCACUUCAUUGAAAAUGUCUUGCCAGUCUGAGGAGGAUCUUACCUGUCCUAUCUGUCAGGACAUCUUCAACGACCCUGUCAUCCUGUUUUGUAGCCACAGCUUCUGUAAAGUCUGUCUGCAGAGAUGGCAGAAAGGGAAACAAAUACUUGAGUGUCCGUGCUGUAAGACAAGGUCACCGAGGUUUGAUCCACCUCGUAACCUGGCAUUAAAGAACCUGUGUGAGACCUUCUUACUGGAGAGAGAUCAGAGAGGUCCAGCAGGGUCUGGUGCUCUCUGCAGUCUACACUCUGAGAAAUUCAGACUUUUCUGUCUGGACCAUCAGCAGCCCGUGUGUCUUGUCUGCAGAGAUUCAAAAACACACAACAACCACAGAUUCAGACCCAUCGAUGAAGCUGCACAGGAUCACAGAGAGGAGCUCCAGAAAUCCCUGAAACCCUUACAGGAGAAACUGAAGCUCUUUGAAGAAGUUAGAGGAAACUGUGAUCAAACAGCAGAACUCAUUAAAGUCCAGGCUCAACACAUAGAGAGUCGGAUUAAGGAGCAGUUUGAGAAGCUUCACCAGUUUCUACAAGAGGAAGAGGAGGCCAGGAUCGCUGCUGUGUGGGAGGAAGAGGAGCAGAAGAGUCAGAUGAUGAAGGAGCACAUUGAGUCUCUGAGCAGAGAGAUAGCAGCUCUUUCAGACACCAUCAGAGCCACAGAGGAGCAGCUGAGAGCUGAAGACGUCUCAUUCCUGCUCAGCUACAAGGCUGCAGUAGAAAGAGUCCAUCAGCGCCCCCUGCUGGAGGAUCCAGAGCUGGUCUCAGGAGCUCUGAUAGACGAGGCCAAACACCUGGGCAACCUGACCUUCAACAUCUGGAACAAGAUAAAGAAGAAAGUCUCCUACACUCAUGUGAUUCUGGAUCCAAACUCUGCUCAUCCACAUCUCAUCCUGACUGAAGAUCUGACCAGGGUGAGGUUUGGAGAGAAACAGAAGCUUCCUGAAAACCCAGAGAGGUUUGACUAUCAUAACAUUGUCCUGGGCUGCGAGGGCUUUGACUCAGGGACUCACAGCUGGGACGUUGAGGUUGGCGACAGUACAAUCUGGUCUCUGGGUGUCGCAGCAGAGUCUGUUAAGAGGAAAGGGAAAAUAGAGUCUGGUUUAUGGAGAAUAGGAUUCUCUAAAGGUAAAUAUAAAGCCUUCUCCCCAUCUGCAGAACCAAUCGUUCUUUCAGUGCAGCAGAAGCUUCAGCAGAUCAGAGUUCACCUGGACUGUAAAAGAGGAGAGAUGUCAUUCUUUGAUCUUAAUACUAACACACGUAUCCACAUCUUCACUCACACCUUCACUGAGAAGCUGUUUCCAUACAUUAGCAAUAGAGAUGAAUUCCCAAUUCAGAUUUUACCAGAGGAUGAUAUAAAUGGCGGUGAAAGCAAAAUCAUUUAAGUUCUGCUUUGUCCCUCAUUUUAUCUUAAUUUGUGUUGCUGCUGGUGAUUGAAUAAAGUUGUCUCAGCUGUUACUGUCAUUGUUUGUCAGCAAAUUACUGAUGAUGUACGUUAGGAGACUGAUGUAUUUUGACGAACUGUAAAAACAUCUCCAACAUACAGAUGAUACUGUCUGUACAAGAGUUUUCAAACUUUAAUUCUUCUAUGUCAGAGACACUUUAUUUAAAAAGUGCAGAUCUAAUUGUGGGUUCAUGCUUUCUUUAAUGUUGGUGAUUCAGGAACUGAAACUUUCUUUGAUGUUCCUCUCAUGGGAAGUCGCAGCGAAAUGUUAAAACAACAGCAAACUGUAAAUUACUGAAGUUCUGAAUAGUUUUAGUUAGUGGCUAGAGUCCCCUGUCAGGAGGCAUUUAUCACAGAAGAAAUGUUGACAAGUCACAGUAGGGAAAGCACAGGUUUGAAUAACUACGCGCUAGCUUACUGGGACACUUAGAGAAAGAGAUAGAUGUUAACGUUAUUAGUUACACCAUUUUUUCUUACUAUGAUAAGUCAGCAUCCCUGCUGUGAAGAAGGCCUUCUGACAGCCAAUCACAGCACACAGUUUUAUGCCCAGCAAACAACUGUGAGUGAACAGUGUGCCCACAAGUUGUUUGUGAAAGCCUUAAAGUUACAAAGAAAGGAAAGUUAGAACAUCGUAAUAUGAUAAAUUUCUCAAUGCAAUGGUAUUUCUGCUUUAGUUUAAACUAUGAUUUAAACUAAAUCCAUCAGGUUUGAGUGGAAAGUGAGCUUUACUUUGUGAUAUGGAGCCAUAAAGAGAUAGACGUACAGGCCUCCACACACACCUAACUCUUGUACAGUACAUAGGUAUAUUGUGCA